AUAGCUUCUUCACUCAUUCAUUCAUUCAUUCAACUUCUCUCAUUUUCUUCACAUAACCAACAAUUCAAACAAUGGCAGCUAAUGUAUACUCUGUUAGAAGCUCAAAGAUUCGUUCAUGGGAAAGGUGUUCCAAACAAGUUAGGCAACAAAGGACAAGGCUUUACAUAAUUUGGAGAUGCACUGUCUUGCUCUUGUGUUGGCAUGACUAAACUCUCCCAAUCUCGCCGGCUCUGUUCGCGGAAUGUCAAGUCCCACAUCGGUUAAGUUUGGACCAAGAAAAGAGUACAUAUUUUAGAAUAUCUAUAAUUUUAUUUUCUUAGAAAUUUAGAUCAAGAUGUAGAGGUGGAUCUAUUGAUUUAGAAUUCUUCAAUUUGUGGUGAAGCUGAAUUUGGGGUUCCAAUUGGUGAUUACUAACCAUAUACUUUAAGAUAAGUAGUAGUGAUGAAAUUGUAUUGUUGUAUUAUUGUACCUUAUGGAAAUUAAGUAUAAGUUUUGGGGGUGGUAGUACUAGUAAGAUAAUCAAUACUAACAAGGUUUUAUAUAUGUUAGGUUGUAGGGUAGGUAAAGAAAUUAAAGUAGGAGCUUAAGAGCAAGAUUCAUAGUGAAAUGUGUAAGCUAUGAACAAGCAUUGUAUUGUAAAUAAUUCAAAAUUGAAGAUGAAGAUUAUAUUCCUUUAUAUUAUGACUUCAUCAACUAA